UAACAUAUUUGUUUUUAUUUGAGACUAAGUCUAAAUAUUUUGGUGCUUGUUAGUAAGUAUAUUGGACUAAUUGAUGUGUGCACUGGAAACAGCCUAUCGCAUAUAUCCGAUAACUUGUAAAUGCGAUAACAAAAUGUUUGCUAUGGAAACAUGGCAAUAGUAAAAAAAAUUAAAAUUUGAUUUGUGCAACAACAAAAAUUAUAAAGAAGAAACGCUCUCAGCAGGUCCGUCAGCGACCACACAAAAAAAAAUUUAGUGAUGGCGGUGCAUGGGCAUGCAGAGCUCAAGGAGUUGCAGAUUUUUGAGCUUCGUCCGCUUAUUACGAAUUUCAGCUGUAAGCUCUCCACCGUCACAGUCGCACCGUUUGAUGAAAAGCAAUUCCUGUGCCUGGUCAGCGAGGAAAAUGAAAUUGUGCUGCGUUAUAUUAGCGCUGGCGGUGGCCAAGAGGUGCUCAAGAUGAUCUCCUGGUUUCGACGCACUAAUCGUGUCAUACACGAUGUCUGCUUCGAUCCUGCUGGUAUUUGGCUGCUUGUUCUCUGUUUCGACAAUACGCUGCAUAUUGUGCCCGCCCUGUCUCUGGUCGAUAAAACACACAAUUUGGCCAGCUGUUCAUUGUAUAGCACUACACAGGUGACGUCCUAUAUAAUACCAUUUGUUGGCCCGCACGAAUGCCCCAAUUCGAAGAAGUGUCCCAAUUAUUCUACGGCACGGAAUGAAAAUGUGGAGCAUCAGUGGAACUUGGAUCAGGUUUCAGACCAAUUGCAGCAUGUUAAGCUAGACAAAGAAGGUGCUAAUGUUAAUGAGGAAGAGCCGUUAGGACAUGAGCUUCCAGAGCAUUUGUUAGCCAAUGGCGAUUCGGGGGACUUGUCUUGCGAGGCCAUUCAAGUGCAAGCCCCGCCUUUUGAUACAACAGGAAAUAGCCAGGUCAUGGCUACCUCAUUCAUGGCUUCCAAGACAUGCCCGUAUCCGUUGUCCGUGGUAUGGUGGAAAACCUAUUCCGGGUUAAAUCGUGCUAUCAUUGGUUACUCUGAUGGCUCGAUUUGUUUCGUGGGCCUCAGUCCAAAUUGUCCCAUGAUAGCCAGCACAGCCAUUCAAACUGGUUCAGUGGUGCGUUUAACUAUUUGUAAGGACAAUACUUUCGAGGGGGUCAUGUUACUGGUCACAUCCUCCUUAAAGGCACAAUUCAAGUUGCUGCUGGAGCAGAAGGCCAUAAAGUAUGUCUAUCCUGGUGAUAGUUCGCCCACGACUCGCGAGGGUGCUUGGCAAAUUGUGAUGUCCGUGCAUGGAAAGAAUCAAAGUGGCGCUAGCUAUGAUGCACGGCAAAGCAACAGCUCUGAUCCAGCAUCGGAUAGCAGCCAGCUAGAGGAGGAUGUCUUUGCACCACCCUCCAGCGAAGACAUUGCUCCAAGCACCCAAACAGUUCCGCUUUCUACCGGUGUUGUUGAGUCCAAUGUGGUCGCCAAUGAUGGUAAUUCAAAAAUGCCAUCAUCGUCGCCUCCGCCGCCAUCCUUUAUUGAAUGCGGCGGUCGUUUACAUCAGCAGCAAUUGGGCGUGAAUAGCUUUGAUGGCAUAUUGCCAGCUACGCGGGCACGUCUUGCUUCGCUUAAAAGCCUCGGCUCCAAAAAAUUGCAAGCUAUUAAGAUGCGGUUAUCCGAUCAGCGGCAGAAAAUAGAAGAAUUCAUGCCUGAGACAAAUAUGGGCACAUUUGCUAUUAUGGACUCGCCAUCGGUUACUCCGGAACCUCUGGGGAACACGAAUGGCUCGUUUUAUAAUAUACAGAAUCUGCGUAGCACUUAUCUGUUAAGCGCCUUGCAUAGCACUAGCUGCAGCCUGACGGUGCAUCGAAUUGAUAUUAAUUUAAAGCCAUUGUUCGUAUAUAAGAUACCUCAACACUGUGUGGAUAUACUGAUUAGCUCUAACAUAUUGUAUGGUAUACAAUAUGUGGAUCUGCAUAGUCGCAGUGAAUCAGGUGAUUCUACGUCAUCAUCGUCGCUCGAAGAGCCGUUGAUGGCAAACACCGAAAAGGAAAGUCAAGAUGCAGACACUGAGAAGUUGGAGCAAACGAAUAAAAGCGACGAGACGAGCGCAACAACCACAAGUAAUGCAUCGAGCAUCGAUCAAAGCGAAAUGCCCACCAAUGCAAUAAAUGCGGUUAGCGUCAUCAGCAGCGCAAUGGCCUCGUUGCAUACCACCGAAGAUGAUCGUUUCAAUCAGCAAGCUCAGCUGGCGUUAUUUCGCUUUGAGCAGGAAACUGUGCUGCAGCUUUAUCAAAUGGCGCAAUUUCGGAAUCUGGGUGGCAGCAAUAACAACAAUGCCGAAACUCUGACAAAGGAGGAAAAGGCAAAGGCGUUCGAGAUCAAGGAUAUACAUACACCCAUGGACUACGUACAGUUCUAUGAAUCGGCUGAUAGUAGCAAUGAAUAUUCGUUGCGACAAAUGGAGAUAAUGCAGAGCGAGUUUCCCAGGAUCAACUAUGAUCCGUGCUAUGUUGUAACCAAUAAGAAUGUUUAUACUGUCCAGCUUAAAAAGGAACCAUUCGAAUUGUUUUUGGACGCUGCGCUGAUGAGUGAAUGGAAUCAGUGCCGAGAGUUUUGCAACACGUUUGAUCUAACCUUCGAGCAUUGCAUUGAGUUUGCUGGCGAUUAUUUGUUGCGUCGCAAAAAGAUUACCCAGGCCUUGAUCACGUACAAUGUGGCGCGCGUUAAGCCCAUACGAACGGCCCUCAAGCUGGCCAUGUAUGGGCAUACCUAUGCGCUGAUGCAAUUGAGCGCCAUGGCCCUGAAAUCAUCUUACAUAUUGCGAUCGACCUAUUUGUGUCAUCCGUUGCUGAAGAGCAUUCAGUCGGAUAUCACAUAUCGCCACUCGGAGGAUGUGCGCGACAUCUUGCAAGCGAAAGUGAAAGACGUGGGCAUUGUGGUAAAUAGUGGGGUAUCCUGCAGCGAUUAUCACUAUGGUAUCGAUGAGUCCAUUAGUGCAUUGCAAAUGUCACCCUCGUCACAGUUUCAUUUGGCCAAUUUGCUGUUGAUUACGCUAGCCGAGAAGGCAGUCAACGAUAAAAACUAUCUGCCUUUAUGGAACUUUUUGGUUACCAACACGAAGUAUCAUACGAAUAUGACCAGCAUUGUGCUCUGUCAGAGCGGCCUAUUUUCGGCCGCCAUUAUUUUGGCAAAAGUGCGCGGCGUUUGCUUGGAUACCUUCAAUGCUUUGGUCAGUGUAGUUGCCCAGGAGUUUGGCUGGUAUAACGAGCUCAACGUCUGUCUGUAUAAUCUAAGCGAAAAUAUAUUUAUGGAGACAAUCACAUAUUUGCCGCACGUGUCAAUGGAUUACUUUACUUUCAUACAGGACAAGUUGGAACAUAUUCGACCCUGUGUGUUACAGCGCCUUGCCAUGCAGCUAAAUCCUUUCGCGCCCUCGCUGCGUCCCAUUGUUUCGCACAGCAGCAGCUCAAGCAACAAUGACAAUAAUGAACACAUAUUUGAGUUCAGCAAAUGCCUAAUCGAAACCUAUUUGGCUGUGCUCUUACAUAUGGAAUCGCAGCGUGUUAAGCACGACUCUAUUGUAAAUGCUUUAUCAAACUUUCGCAUCAGCUAUGAGGACAAUCAGUUUGCCAUCGAAUCAUCACGUUUCAAGCCAAUCUCGGCUGGCUGUGCCUAUUGCGCCUGUGUUGUGGAUGGUGUGGCCUAUUUCUGGGGGUCCAGCGGCGUGCCCUGCUGCUUUAGCGCCCAGAAAUCAACAGAACCACCGGAGCCUGCACAUGCCGUGAAGACGUUGGAGCUGCUCUCGCAACUCGAUUUGGAGGUGCAUGCGCUCAAGUGUGGACGCCAGCAUACACUGAUACUCACCAAUAAUGGCCUGUAUGCCAUUGGCAACAAUAAUCUCUGCCAACUGGGUGUUGGACAGCAAAUGCAAAUGGCAUUACAACCUAUGCUGGUAACUGCUUUGGAUGCCAUGAAUAUUACCAUGCUGGAGGCGGGUCAAUAUCACAAUGCAGCCGUAGCAGAUGGCAAGCUAUAUAUGUGGGGCUGGGGCAUCUAUGGUCAACUGGGCAAUGGCAGCUGCGAGAAUAUGGCAACACCCACACUAGUCAGUUUCUUUAAGUACAAGAAAAUUUUACAAAUUUCGCUGGGGCAUGCACACAGUUUGGUGCUAUGCCAGGCAUCCCCCAACAACUAUACAGAGGCUAAUAGCAGUGGCAACGAGCUCUAUGUGUUUGGUUCCAAUCAUUUUGGACAGCUUGGCACUGGCAAUUCCGAUCAGAGUCAGGAUACAAAGACGAGUGUGCCAUUGCGCUUGGAACUGGGCAACGACUGCAGCUUAAGACUGAUACAUACGAAAUUUUUUACAAAUCUAGCUGUAGAUGAUCAGGAACGCAUGUAUACAUGGGGCAGUUCGCCUCAAGCGCUUCGUCUGGCCAAUCAAAUAAGGCGUCGUGCCAAUGCCAAGCAAAAGAUGGAGGAGAAUCAACAGCGUGAGCUGCUGAGUAAGCGACUGGAGGAAACGCUGCUGCCAGCACCUAGCAACAACAGCGUAUUGGUGGAGCCAAGCACAUCGUAUGCAGCUGUUGUGGCAGGCGCAAUACCCAAAUCCAGUGGAGAAACCAAAGAGUCCGCCCAAGAUGAGGCUUUGCCAUCUGAUUCUACGGAUAAUAUAUCAGUGCCCAGUAAUACAGAGUCAAUGCCAACAUCAUCUGCCUAUUCAACUGGUCAGCCAAUCGGUCUCGAGAUUGAUCCAACGGAGCAUUUGACGCCACAUCUAGUUGAUACCAGCGAGGUUGCUGGGCAAAUAUUACAGAUCUCAAGCGGCCUGUUUCACUUUGCAUUGAUAUCAUCUUCGUGCACGCUAUACACGUGGGGGAAGAAUCUCGAGCAUCAGCUGGGCACCGAGGACAAAGAUCGCCGACCUGUGGUCAAGCCAUCGCCCAUCGAUAGCAUCGAGAGACCAAUGUAUGUGGAUUGCGGCGCUGAUUUUACCCUUGUUAUGACCACCGAUCACAUUGUCAAGGCCUUUGGUGGGAACUCGAAUGGUCAGUGCGGCCGCGACUUGGGCGCCAGCUUGGAUCGUAUGCGACAACGCGUCGUUUGCCUGCCCACCACCAAGCGGUUAAUGCGUUUCGAAACCCAAUGCGUUGAUGCGCCUGUGGAGAUUAAUUUACCGCGUCCACGAAUACGUUUAGACCAGGAGCCAGUGCGUUACCUUAAGGUGAUUCCGCCAUAUCAGCCACACUUUUUGCAGCAGGCGAAUAUCAGCUUUGAGCAUCGUUACUCGCCCGAAACGCUUAACUAUAAGUCCAGCACAGACCAGGCGGUCACUGGCCAAGAUUCCGAUGACCUACUGAGCAGCCUGGAGAAUCUAAGCCACAACGAUGCUAGUUACUCAUACAAUGCGCAGCAUAUAGUCGACGUGAACAGUUCCCUGGAGCUUGACUAUUCGCCAGAAGAGCAAAGCUAUGUGCCCUUGCCCAACCAGGAAGUUAGGGGACUGGCUGACAAUGUAGCUCCACUACUGGGGGAUAGAGAUGAUGCCAGCACCCGUACGCCCAGCACGGACGGUGGGGAUGUGAAUGCAUUGCAAGCGCUGCGCCAUUAUAUACACUACUGCCUGUAUGCCUUCCAUGGGCUCUACAAUCCGGACAAAAUAGCCGAAUGUUCACGUCUGCUGCGCAAUGAAUAUCGCAUUAGGAUCUGUAUGCUCAAUUUUCGAUUUGUGGAGGCCUUUCAGCUUUGCCUGCAGAGCUGCGACAGCUCCCAACGCACUCUUAAGCUAUUUGAGUACUUCAGUAAGGACACGGGUUAUGUGCCCCUGCAUCGAUCCGAUCUCAAGCAUCUCAUCUAUCAUAUGUGUGUACACUUUUUGGAACAUAAGUUCGAUAUGCUCGAGUGUGAGCGCUAUUUCAUGGCCGAUCUGGAUUACUAUCUGUUGGAGCUGGCAUACGUGUUCUACUUUAACAACAAUAAUUCGGCACUCGAACAGAAUCUCAAUCAGAAGUUCAAGUCGCUGAUUGCAGCAUCGGAUAGCAACCAAUCGGCGUCCACGUCGUCGUCGAGUUUGCUGCAGGAUACGGAUGCCAUUUUUGACAGCUUUUCAGUCAAGUUCAAGACGAUUCUGUGCCAGCGCCUGCUUAGCUAUUGUGAUCAGGAUGCCAGCGGAGGUAGCAAUUAGCAGUGGCUUUGGCUAUGCGGUCAAUGGCGACGCUCGAAGGAAUCGCGGUUCUUGCUUUGAAUUUUGUUAAGCUCUUUUUUUCCUAACAUUCAACUUUGUAUAAGUUGAAAGUUUACUGUGUGUAUAUUUCUUUUUUGUUGUAAAACUUUUUUUGGUUAUAAUUUUUAAAGUUUUUACGAUUUGUUGUCAAUUCGAGCAGGAAACCAAAGAUCAAUAAUGGCGUCUCUUGCUGUGCCCGCCCAGACACCACACACACACAUUCACACUCGCAAAAUACACACAGAUACACCAUACACACACACACUUACACACACACACACAUACAUAAGUAAAUAUUAUAUAUUAUUGUCUAUUACCCGCCCACACAAAUGUUUAUACUUAAUUAAAACUAAUUGUUGUUUGCGGUUUUGCUGC